AAUCAAUCAAUACGACCGGAUUUACUUUGCAAACUGAACUGUGACUCAUAGUGAGCAACAGGAAGAAACAUGAUAAUUAACAAAUGGUGAAAUUUACAGAGGAAAUAGCAGCGAGUUUUGUGACGUUUUCCUUUAAUGACUGUGCCCUGACAUCCAGAGAAUGACAUCAUCGACGUUGUGAACGGGCGCGUUGUUAAGUAACGAGAGGGGGAGACAGACUCGAGAGGAGAACGGCCGCUCGUGCUGCUGGAGCUUCUCAGGGACUAUCAACAGGGAGUGCAACCGACGACAGAGCUAAGAGCUGGGGGUAUGAGAGCCGCCAGAAUCCGGUCCCAUCCUCCUCUGCCCAGGCCCCUGUCCGACUGACAACCAUCGGAUCAGAACCUCCACUGAACCAGCUCUCGGACGAACCCAAUAUCGGUGACGACUCGCAAACAUGGAGCUGAGAGUGGGGAACAAGUACCGGCUCGGGAGAAAGAUAGGGAGUGGCUCCUUUGGCGACAUUUACCUCGGUGCCAACAUUGCCACUGGUGAGGAGGUAGCCAUCAAGCUGGAAUGUGUGAAGACCAAACACCCACAGUUGCACAUUGAAAGCAAGUUCUACAAGAUGAUGCAAGGAGGAGUGGGUAUUCCAUCGAUAAAGUGGUGUGGUGCAGAGGGAGACUACAAUGUGAUGGUAAUGGAGCUGCUGGGUCCCAGUCUGGAGGACCUUUUCAACUUUUGCUCCCGGAAGUUCAGCCUAAAGACCGUUCUGCUUUUGGCAGACCAGAUGAUCAGUCGCAUCGAGUACAUCCACUCCAAGAAUUUCAUCCAUCGGGAUGUUAAGCCGGACAACUUCCUGAUGGGGCUCGGCAAGAAGGGUAACCUGGUGUACAUCAUUGACUUUGGCCUGGCCAAAAAGUACCGCGAUGCCCGCACACACCAGCACAUCCCAUACAGGGAGAACAAGAACCUGACUGGCACAGCGCGCUACGCCUCCAUCAACACACAUCUGGGGAUUGAGCAGUCAAGACGUGACGACCUCGAGUCUCUCGGCUAUGUUCUCAUGUACUUCAACCUGGGCUCCCUCCCCUGGCAGGGCCUCAAGGCCGCUACCAAGAGACAGAAGUAUGAACGAAUCAGUGAGAAGAAAAUGUCCACACCCAUUGAAGUUCUUUGCAAAGGAUAUCCUUCUGAGUUCUCCACAUACCUGAACUUUUGCCGUUCACUCCGUUUCGAUGACAAGCCAGACUACUCGUACCUACGACAGCUCUUCAGGAAUCUGUUCCACCGCCAGGGUUUCUCCUAUGAUUACGUCUUUGACUGGAACAUGCUCAAAUUCGGUGCCAGUCGGACAGCCGAGGACGGGGAUCGGGAGAGGAGGGCGGGAGAUGAGAGGGAUGAGCGUAUUGGAGGAGCCCCGAGGGGGUCUGCAUCGCGGGGUCUCCCCCCGGGUCCCAAUCCUGCAGUUGCCAACAGAGUCAGGAACGGGCCGGAGCAGGCCAUCUCUAAUCCUGCCUCGCGGGUCCAGCAGUCUGGGAACACGUCGCCCCGUGCGAUUUCCCGUGCAGAGAGAGAGAGGAAGGUGAGCAUGCGGCUCCACCGUGGAGCUCCUGCCAACGUAUCGUCCUCUGACCUCACAGCCCGCCAUGACCAAUCCAGAAUUUCCACAUCACAGGUCAGCGUGCCAUUUGAGCACAUGGGGAAAUAAAAUUCUUUGGCUCUGCAUGCACAUGAACCUGACAGAUUGCCAAUGGACACAUGGAUCUUUGGAAAAGGACAGUAAAUCUUUUAAAGGAUCCAGAGGAGAACAUGAUCUUUAACGAACCCUUUUUACUCAACCGUGGACCACCACCACAAUACAAAGAGCAAAACGAAUGACAGUCCACCAUUUUUACUCUGUGGUUGCUCAUACCUGCUCCACUCCUCAAAACAUUUCCCUCAGUACCUUCUGUCUGACAAAUGUGAAGAGCUGUUGGCAUCAAAGAAGCAAAAAGGUAUCAGGGACACACGCAUGUUUCUCGUCAAAGGUCAACUUUGUGAUUGAUUAUAGGCUUAGUAAAGAUUUAUCUUUUUUCAGCUCAACACUGCAAAAACAACUUUAAGUGUAUGUCUUUUAUCUUUCAUGAGGAUAUGUUAAAUUGGAGCUUCUUAUGAGUUUCCUGUCUUUUGCUUUUUUUGAGGGAGAGAAAUAACAGCUAAAAGAUAAAGAAAUGGGGAGAGGCAGGUGAGAGGGUAGUGGGCAAAAAGACAGGUCAUUUUAAAAAGGAUAAGUAAGUGAUGUUUUAGCUGUCAUAGAGUAAUGUUUCUGGUGAAGUAGCAAUUGGUGCUUGCUUGCCCUUCAUCCAUGUCGUGAUGAUUUUACUAUCCCUCAAAACUCUUCCACCAAAACCUCCACCAUCCCCCUUUUUUUGCCUGUUUAAACUUGUUUUUAAUGUGAGUGGGUAAGGUGAAGAAUGACCAUAGAUAUUGCAAAGACACACUCCAAGUCUUGAGGGAAGCUCCUCAGGAAAUUCUCAGUGUAUUUGACCAGAGACCACAGCUGCCCGUUUUGGCUAACAAAUAGUGGCUGCAAUUUUUAUGAUAGUUCUAAAUGUUACCUUUUUUUUUUAAUUCUUUUUUUUGUUAUUGGAGGUCAUGGGGGAGUGGGCAGUCUCAGUUAGGGGGAUGGGACAUCCAAUGAUUUUUUUUUUUAAUGUUUACUUCACUGUAAAUAUUUUUUUAUUUUGAUGUAAAGCCAAAAUGUGGUUAUUUGUUUUAAGGCGAAAAGUAGAAAAAUGCAUACUAAUGACAUAAAUUGGGGCUGGGUUCAAGAUUUUAGGUAUUUAAAGAACUAAAUUGUGGGGUGAGCUAAUGUUACUCUGCCAGCUGGGUCAUCCAAUAUUUCGAGUGUGUGUUUGAGAGAAAGUGAUACAGUGAAUCCCUGCUAAAAAAAAUUCAAUAUUCAUUUUGUCCUUUGUUUUUAUGUAAAUUGUUUUUAUCCCCCUUAUUUGCUAUUUAUGUUAAACUAUUUUUAUAUGUCUGAAAUAACUUCAUGUCUUUUGUUCUGUUUUUGUUUUUCAUCUUCCUGUAACUUAUUAGACGUAGCUCUUUAGUCCAUUUGCUCUUCUGUCCUUAUACUUCAAAGGUUGUACACCUUGUAUAAUACAUAGGGCUUUUAAUGUUCCUUCUGCAAAAAUGAUAUGCUAAUAGUUUUGAUGUCACCUUUUUGGAUUUUAACCUCCAGCAACCUUGAUGAUGUCAUUCAAAAGAAAACAUAACUGAUGCAAUUGCAGGGAUGUGUAAAUAGCAGUGUACUGUGUGUGUGUGUGUGUAAUUACCUUUGUACAGGCCACCAUGACCCAGUGGCAUUGUAACUGUCGGGUUGGGAAUGGUAUAGAAGAGGUUGAGGUGAUGGGGAUUUCACUUUAUGUAUUGUGUACUGAUAUCUUGUACAGUUCUUUAACACACUUUAUUUACAACAGUAUUUGUGUAUAUUUUAUGAAGUAAUAAAAAUGAAUAACGUUGCUCACAA